AUGCUCGAACGACUCCAGCAGAUCCGCGACUGCCUCUUCAAGCCCGACACACCGCAGCCCCACCCUCUCGACCCGCUCUCCGAGCUCGAGAUCGAGUACGCGGUGUCAAUUGUGUCGGAAACCCAUGGCCCCAAACUCCGCUACAACACGGUGUGUCUCUCGGAGCCGAAGAAGGCAGAGAUGUUGGCAUGGCUUGAGGCCCCCGAAGUAGCGCCGAGGCCGCUAAGGGAGGCGGAGGUCGUAGUGGUGGGGCAUGGGUAUUUGUGUGAUGGGAUUGUGGACCUAACGAAUGGGGUGAUCAAGACAUGGGAGAAGCUGACGGGAGUGCAGCCGAUGCUCACGGUAGAGGACUUGCAAGGGACUGAGAAGAUUAUUAGGACUAAUCGCAGGGUGAUUGAGCAAUGCGAAAUCCUGGGAAUUCCAGAGAAGGACAUGCACAAGGUCUACUGUGAUCCAUGGACAAUUGGUUACGACGAGCGUUUCGGCAACAGCAUUCGCCUUCAGCAAGCGAUCCUCUACUACCGUCCCAAUCUCGAUGACAUGCAAUACGCCUUCCCACUCGACUUUUGUCCAAUCGUCAACACAACCACAGGCGAAAUAGUCGAUAUCGACAUCCCCGCCGUGCGGCGGCCCGUCAACACCAUUCCCAGCAACUAUAACCUCGACCCCGCCGCCUACAGGACCGAUGUGAAGCCGAUCAAUAUCACGCAGCCUGAUGGAGUGUCGUUCACGGUGCAGGGGCGGGUCAUUGAGUGGCAGAAGUUUAAGCUCCAUGUGGGCUUCAGUCACAAGGAAGGGAUUGUGCUCAAUAAUGUGACAUAUGAUGAUGGUGGAGUCGUUAGGCCGCUGUUUUGGAGACUAUCAUUGGCGGAGAUGGUAGUCCCGUAUGGGAGCCCAGAUUAUCCGCAUCAUAGAAAACAUGCAUUUGAUCUGGGAGAGUAUGGCGGCGGGUAUAUGACCAACUCACUCAGCCUUGGAUGCGACUGCAAAGGAGUGAUCCACUACAUGGACGCAUCCUUCAUCACCGCCGCCGGCAUCCCCACCACAAUCCCCAACGCCAUCUGCAUCCAUGAAGAAGACUCGGGCAUCCUCUUCAAGCACACCGACUUCCGCGACAACUCGGUGAUUGUCACUCGCGGCCGCAAGCUCGUCAUCUCGCACAUAUUCACCGCCGCGAACUACGAGUACUGCGUUUACUGGAACCUACACCAAGACGGCACCAUCCAGCUCGAGAUCAAACUCACGGGCGUCCUCAACACCUACUCCAUGGCGCCCGAUGAGGAUACUAAAGGCUGGGGCACCCAGGUGCAUCCAGGCGUAAAUGCGCAUAACCAUGAGCACUUGUUCUGCCUCAGAAUUGAUCCCAUGAUUGAUGGGCACAAGAACACGGUGUUCCAGGUUGAUGCAACCAGGGGCGAGGACGAGGUGGGCAGCGCCGAGAACAAGUAUGGAAAUGCUUUUUAUGCGAAAAAGACAAAGUACUCCACUGUGGGCGAGUCGCUUUCGGAUUACGACGCCAGUACAUCGCGGACGUGGGAUAUCUGCAAUACUAACAAGACACACCCGUAUUCGGGGAAGUUCCCGAGUUACAAACUUGUCUCGAGGGAGACUCCACCAUUACUAGUGAAGGAAGGCGGAUUAGUUUGGAAGCGCGCUGGGUUCGCAAGACAUACCAUACAUGUCACUAAAUACGCCGAUGACCAAAUACACCCUGCCGGCCGCCACGUCCCACAGACCUCAGGAGAGCCCCCAAUGGGCCUACCAGAGUGGGUUGGUGAUGGCACGGCCAGUAUUGAUAAUGAGGACAUUGUCGUCUGGCACACGUUCGGCCUCAUACACUUUCCGGCCCCAGAGGACUUCCCAGUCAUGCCCGCUGAGCCGAUGAGCUUGCUGCUGAGGCCGCGUCACUUCUUUUUGAGGAAUCCUGCACUGGAUGUGCCGCCCAGUUACGUGUCGGUGCCGAGUCAGGUGGCGGCGGGGAAAGCGGGCGCCGUCACGGGAGAUGGGGUUAGUCAGUUAGCCUUUGAGCAGAAGGGUUGCUGUGCAAAGUAG